AUGGGAGCUGAACUGUUGAUGGUAGAUAUGUAUUUCUCAGUGAUUCACUGUGUCCAGACGGAGAGACAGUGGAUAUUUUUGGAGAGCACAGACGCUGCCGUUGUGUGUUGCAUAACAGUCUCCUGUCAUGAAAAGCGAGCAAACAGAUGUUCCUGGGGACAAUGCAAUAACGCUUUCCCUGCUUCAGGCAGGAAGCCAAAAUUGUAUCGAACAUUUCAUGGAGAGGUGCAAAUGUUUUCUGAGUCACAUCAGCGUGUACAAUUACGCCGAUAUAAAUGGAAGCAAGCGGUGCCGAGUGGUGACGAGGAGGAGGGUUUUCUCGCUGCAAAACAGGGUGAGUUUUCACAAAUAUGCGCCUAUAUUUGUGGUGGUAUUUUAGCCGUUGUGUUUCUGUUUGCUAGCAUGUCCCUAAGGGAUCCACCGUACGAUCCUCCAUCUGUCUCAGAGCUGCUGGAGUUUCUGCUGAGAGACAGACGCCCCACUGGACACGUCAAUCAAGUCUGGCCUAACCUUUAUAUUGGAAAUGAGGUCGCCGCACGAGACAAGGCCACUCUUCACAGUAUGAGAAUCAGCCAUAUAGUAAAUGCUGCUCAUCGACCCACUGGCCACUGCCAAGCCACUGGUUUCUGUGUCAACACUGGACCUCGAUUCUACCGAGACAUGGCUGUCGACUAUUACGGAGUCGAGGCUGAUGAUGCAAUAGAGUUCAUCCUGAGCCCGUUCUUCUAUCCUACAGCUCGAUACAUCAGAGCCGCACUGGCCCAGGGAGGCAAAGUGUUAGUCCACUGCCUGAUGGGAGUGAGCCGCUCUGCCACGCUGGUGCUGGCCUUCCUCAUGAUAGCUGAAGGUCUGAGGCUACAAGAGGCGGUGACUGCUGUCAGAGCGCACAGAGACAUCUGCCCAAACCCCGGCUUCCUGCAGCAGCUCCGCAGCCUGGACAAGACUCUGGAGAGAGAAAGGAGGCGUGGACUACUGUCCCAUCCACAGUAAAUGUUGGCAGGUCACUACACGCAGGAAUUGCUUUGUUUAUUUCAGUCAUGCCGUAAACUCACAGUUCUAUUAAUCCCUGACGCGUUGUCUUACACGUCUUCAUGUAAGCUUCCAGUGCAGUGACAAACACCUGUCGACACGUGCCAGGUUCUUCCAAAGACAAUCGUAAACAACAGCCUCACCAGUUCCCGAGCCGCCGCCACUCUAUUCCUGUCACAGCAGAGAUGGUGGAGGAAGGUGUAGAGAAAGCAAAUGUGUGUGUCAGUGUGACUAAAAAUAAAGAGUUAAAGUCAGAACCGGUGGGAGCAUUUCUGUACACAAACACACAUGCUCAUUGAGAAGGCUGCACAGCUGAGGGAGUCUUGACUGAGAGAGGUCAGUAUUAUCUCUUCUUAUUGCUGUUCGAAGCUCACAUUUUAUAAAACUGUCACAGAUAAUGGAAACAAUUAAAAGCCUGGAACAUGCUUUGAAGUUGUAUAUAAGGAACACAGACUGUGAAACUUUACCAAAUGAAUUAUUUGAACUAUAAUCUAAUUCCCAUUAGCAGGUGACUGAGUGCAGUAUGAUCUAUACAUAACCGAGAAAUGACUUUGAUCUGUGCAGUCAAGUUUGCAUCUUGUAUUUAUGUUUCACCUGAUCUUUAUAUAGUAACUUUUGUUAGAACCACAUAAAUGGGCUGACUAAAAAAAUGAUUAGAUGUUGGAAGCGUUCAACGGUUUCAUCAGAUUUUAACGUUUCAAUGUUUUUUUUUUUCAUUCAUUAAAAUGGUUGGCUGCUGCACCUAUUCGGCUCUCCUUUGUAUUGAAGGAGCUACACCCACCCGCUGUCCGAUUGAGGUCAUUGCAGUAGAUAAAUAACAGUCAAGAAAUAUCUGGAAAAAGUUUACCGUGGUGUAGUGUUGUGUAAAAUGAAAUAAAAUGACAGACACUAA